UAGGGCGCUGCGCGAUCAGGGCCAUCUUUGGUCGUCCUCGCCGGUGACAGUGUGGACAGUUUAUUCCACUGGCCUUUAAUGUCUAAUGAUUAAUAAAUAACACUUAACUUUGAAGAGCACUCGGGCCGAGAAAAGGAGAUUAAACCCCCGGUGUGUGAACCCACUGGCAUAAUUUCCUUCAAUACCCUUCAUUUCUCAAGGCAGAAAAAAAGAGGGCGAGACGGGAGAGGCGGUGAUACAACAUGGAUGAGGAAUAUGAUGUGAUCGUUUUGGGCACUGGACUCACAGAAUGCAUUCUGUCGGGGAUCAUGUCCGUGAAUGGAAAAAAGGUUCUGCACAUGGACAGGAACCCCUACUACGGUGGCGAGAGUUCUUCCAUUACACCCCUGGAGGAGCUGUACAAGCGCUUCACCCUCCCAGAUAGCCCGCCCGAGUCAAUGGGCAGAGGAAGGGACUGGAAUGUGGACCUCAUCCCCAAGUUUCUCAUGGCUAACGGUCAGCUUGUGAAGAUGCUGCUAUACACAGAAGUGACACGGUAUCUGGACUUUAAAGUAGUCGAGGGAAGCUUCGUCUACAAAGGAGGAAAGAUCUACAAGGUGCCGUCAACCGAGACCGAGGCGCUAGCUUCAAAUCUGAUGGGAAUGUUUGAGAAGCGAAGGUUCCGGAAGUUUCUAGUCUUUGUGGCCAAUUUUGAUGAAAACGACCCGAAGACCUUUGAGGGUGUGGAUCCCAAAACCACAACGAUGAGGGACGUUUACAAGAAGUUUGACCUUGGCCAGGAUGUCAUUGACUUCACCGGCCACGCCCUGGCCCUCUACAGGACAGACGACUAUCUGGACGUUCCCUGUUUGGAGACGAUCAAUCGUAUCAAACUCUACAGUGAAUCGCUGGCACGAUAUGGAAAGAGCCCCUACCUCUACCCCCUGUAUGGUCUGGGGGAACUGCCACAGGGAUUUGCCAGGUUGAGUGCGAUCUAUGGAGGAACGUACAUGCUGAACAAACCGGUGGAUGAGAUUGUGAUGGAAGGAGGCCAUGUGAUCGGAGUGAAGUCUGAGGGCGAGGUGGCCCGCUGCAAGCAGCUCAUCUGUGACCCCAGUUACAUCCCGGACCGCGUCCGCAAGGCGGGCCAGGUGAUCCGCGUGAUCUGCAUCCUCAGCCACCCCAUCAAAAACACCAACGACGCCAACUCCUGCCAGAUCAUCAUUCCUCAGAAUCAGGUUAACCGCAACUCAGACAUCUACGUGUGCAUGAUCUCCUAUGCUCACAACGUGGCGGCCCAGGGGAAAUACAUCGCCAUCGUCAGCACCACAGUGGAAACCAGUGAGCCCGAAGCCGAGAUCGAGCCUGCCCUGGAGCUGCUGGAGCCCAUCGACCAAAAGUUUGUGGCCAUUAGCGACCUUUAUGAGCCUACAGAUGACGGUACUGAGAGCCAGGUCUUCGCCUCGAGGUCCUACGAUGCCACCACUCACUUCGAGACCACCUGCAACGACAUCAAGGACAUCUACAAACGCAUGACCGGGAGCGACUUUGACUUUGAGAACAUGAAGCGCAAACAGAACGACGUGUUUGGGGAGGAUGAGCAGUGAGCGGUAGAGUGGGGGGGGGGCUUCCGAGAGAGGGAGGGGGCC